GCCACGACCAAGAGCAACGUUCGGAGCAGACGCUGGUCUCGUCGACCUUCUGGCGCUGCAAUCGCUGCCCAUGCUCAUCCGCUGAACUCGUCUUACUCACGCGCCGCAUGCUUCACUCCGCUACUUAAACUCAUCUGCCUCCAAGUCGAGCGGACGGUGGCCUGCACGUCGAGAUCCGGAUUUCUUCCUCACCUCCAUGUCAGUAAACAACGGCCCAGUGCAACAGCCAAGACCGACGUACAUCUACAACUCCCGACGCGCAGCUGCGGUCGCGCAGCUUGAUUCGUCGUCGAUAUCGUCCUCGAAUACGACGGCUUCCUCCCUCAACUUCUCAUCUUCCUCGGCUUCAUCCAUAUCUGAUCGCUCAAUGCCGACCUCAGACUCGCCAGGAGCCGCAUCUUCGCGGCCUCGCGUCCACCUGAAUGUCGCCUCCAGCGCCCAACAGCAAGCGAAGCGCAAUUCCUUCCUCGCCGCCAGCGCAAUGGGCCAGCAGUUGAGCAAGUCCUCGAACCACACCCCGCAAGUCGUACCGCAAGGGUCCUCCUCGUCCCACCUGGCAAGCCGAGGAAUUGCGCUGGGAAAUGCUGCUGCUGCAGCUGGCAACAAAGUGAAGAAGGCCUUUCACUCGAGGGCGAAGAAGUCGGCGGACAUGUCUGCGCUGCUUAGGUUCGGUCGCGACAAAGGCAAGACGAGGGAGCUAUUGGACUCUCCCAGCUCUGCGCCAUCGUCCUCGCAGGAGUUCACGAUCGUCCACGCGGAUGCCACAUGUCCCCCACCCUCAAGCGCUCCACCGACGCAGCCUUACGGUGCGGGGGUGCAACGGCGUACCAGUCGCAACGGUCGACAGUUCUCAGGGCUUGCGGCGCAAGUCUUCGGCAACAGGAGCAGAUCCAAUACUAGGACAAGGACUCCGGAACCUGACGCACCCCCGGCGGUGCCGCCGAAGCCAUCUCAUCAGCCAUCCCCCUACCACUCUUCACAUCAUGAUCUACCCCUGCCGCCCUCCGAUCCAUCUACCCCUUCCACAUCUGUCUACGAGGACGCGCAGACGUCGCUGUCCGUGGCGAGCUCCCGCCGCUCAGCAGAUUCUCACCAAGCUGGGUCGCCCCUGAGCCCCGCGAUACCCGUCAGUCCGGGGAUCGCGUCAGCGGUCAAUUUUAUGCGAUCGCAGGACGAGCUGGAAAGGCAGCCAUCCAGGGGGGUCAAGGAGGAACGCCCUUCCGAAAGACCUCAGCCAGCGGACAAGGUGGAAUCCGCGACUAAGGACGCGUGGAGGAAGAGCGAUUCGACUAUCGGCCACAGCACCAUUCGCCCCGGCGCAACCACUGCUUCACGAUCGUCGCGUCCUGUCUCCGUGGCCGACUCAUUGCAUUCCAACCACACCGUUGUCCCUGUCAACAAGCGCCGCAGUGCGCUUUUGGCUGAUGCUGACUAUGGCAUGCCGGAGGAGGACGAUUCAUUUGACAAAUCGUACGAGGAGGUCAAGCCUACACCAAGAAAGCAGGACAGCGCCCAGUCCAGCUCCAUGCGGAAGAAGAAGCGGAGAUCCAUGUCUCUGACGCUUGAUGCCAGCCAGUGGACGAAGCAUCUGGCAUCCGACGUGCCCGUUGUCGAUAAUGGACGACCAGUAUCGCGGUCACUCGACGGUGUCUAUCCCGGCCCUUUAACGCCGACGUCCUCGCAAGAUGCCCCAAUGCUCAGCAUUACCUCCGCCGAUGGCUACAUCUCCCCGUCGAAUAGUGGUUCGCAAUCUACUGGCCACAACAUUCGAGGCCGCCUGGCGGCUUGGACUGCUACCACCUAUGGAAACGUAUCAGGCAAGCCACGCCCUGAGUCCCCUGCGUCCAACCGGCUCACGCCGCGGUCCGCUGCGUCUGCUUCCUCCACGUCUGUCAACGAGGUGCGCGGACACGGUCAUCGUCACGGCAGCAUCACGGGCUUUGGUCCCGCUGCAGGGUUGGCAAAGCGCGCGGCUGAGAGGAUCGGCAAGGCCUGGGGCGGCUUCGGUUCCAGCAAUCAACCAGGCUACACGUCCAGUACCCCACCUUCCUCAUACUCGAGCGACAACGUCCUCUUUCGCACCCACUCCGGUCAAUCGUCGAGUGGCUCUGCCAGGAAACGUGGUCUACAGAAGCCGUCUGGCUCGUGGAGCACGGGAUCGAGUGGUGGGGGCUCAGACAACGAUUUCUCGUCUGGAUCUUCGGGUCCUUCGCUCGGACGUCGCGUCAGAGGCCCGCUGCGUACCAAGAGUGGUCAUGGCUUCGUCGCCGCGGGCAUUGUGUUCGGUCGUGAUUUGUCGACAGUCGUGAAGGAUACCGCCAUUGGCGCUGACUCCUUCGGCCGCGACUCUAGCGAGUUCGCGAGGCAAAAGCCUUCCCGCAAGGGUAGCGUGAAGCGGAACGACCUGCAGGCAUUGGAGUGGAGACAUAUUCCUGCCCUUGUGGCGCGAUGUGCGCAGCAUCUCCUGAUAUGGGGUGUCCAGGAAGAAGGCCUUUUUCGUGUUAGCGGACGUGCCUCCCACAUUGCGAAGUUGCGCUCGGAGUUCGAUACUGGUUCCGACUGGGAUAUGCGCAGUUGCUCGCCGGGAGAUCUCGAUCCUCAUGCAGUGGCGUCCGUCUUCAAGGCUUUUUUGCGUGAACUCCCUGAGCCCAUCCUCACUCGUGAUCUCAUCCCGUACUUCGAGGCUGCGCUCGCUCAGGAGGCCGAUGCGAGCACCAAGGAGGCAGCGCUAUUCGCAGCCAACAAGGGACCAUCGGACCCGCGGAGACACCCUGGUCUUCGCAAGCCGCCCUCGCUCUCGACGUUGGCGAUGCCCAAGCUCACUGGCAUGCGUCCUGCGUCGAAGCCGCUCACAAAAGUUCUGCGGUCUCUUAUAGCGCAAUUGCCGGUUGAGAAUAGGGACGUGCUCCGCACUGUCGUUGACCUUAUCAAGGCGACCGACAAGGCAAGCAAGGACACGAAGAUGCCGCUCAGCAACUUGCUCCUCGUGUUCUGCCCCAGUCUCAAUAUGAACCCGCCUCUACUCAAGGUUCUAUGCGAGACGGAGAGCAUCUGGGAGCCGCCGUCGCCUGAAGAAGGCCCCGUCCUGGAUAUUAAACGGCCCAGCCUCGAGCAGGAUGCUUCGUCGGACAACGCCGACAUGUCCGAUAUGGAUGGCUUGUCAAGCAAUGAGGACGUAUCCAGCUUGGGUCCGGGUCGCCCGCGCAACGGCUCCCUGGCCGAGUCAGCUUCGACGCAAAAUGAAUCGUUGAGUGGCUCAGAGCGUAUGCCACCCUUCAGGGGCAACGCUUCGUCUCCACCGUUCUCCUCGUCCGCCGAAUCCUUGAUCACUCCGUCCACUUCUUCAGUUGCUCCAUCCUUCGAUAGCCUUCCAAACCCGCACGAUAACGUGCCGACGAAGCCGUGCGCCGAAGGUGCGCCUUCGCUAGGUGACGAAGAUGAUGUAUCGUCCUGUAUCCCUAUUCCCGUCUCCCCAAAGCCUCUUAGACCUGUCAAUGGCCCCGUCCAGUUCCCGACAACCAGCACACCACCCACUCCCUUGGGCUCGAAGCGUUCAGUCCCAUCCUUGGUCACGCAGAACCACUCCAUGGAGCAGGAUCCCCCACGGUCCGGCACGCCAGUAUCGCCUGUGUCGUCCCCGAGACGCAUGAAGAAGCCGUCGUUGACGCUGCUGUUCAAGCGCUCCGCGUCGCCUCUAGUCGGUACACGCCCUGUUAUCUCGGGGCCGUAUCUGCAGUCGCCGAGGGCCUCGUCGGAGACCUCGCUGACCUCGCCGCGGGCUGCCACUCCUCCCGUUACCCAGGAGGCCCCUCCGGUGCUCGAUACCGAGCUGCCGUCGUCACCUUUGCGCCUCGGUAUGGGCCUUGACCCGGAGUCGCCCAAGAAGUCUUCCGAUAUUCCUCGCGAGCAAGGCCUUAGGCUCGAGGAACACUCACCUAUACCCGCUACACCACCUCCGGGCGAAACACCCAUCGCCGAUAAAUAUUCUUCGUCCGCGUCGUCGUCAACCCAUUCCCUGAGCGCCACGGCUCAGUCGCCGCCAUCUCACCUGCGGACGAAGCCGACGCUCAGGUCCCAGCGUAACCCAUCAACAUCCUCGCAGAACCAUCUUGGCCCAGGCUUGCUGGAUGACGAGCACGAGGAGGAUUGGACGCAGAGCGUCUUGCUUGCGAGUGGAUGGAACGUCCAGAAGGAGGAUGCGUGAGGAUUUCCGGUACGAUCCUUCACUUGGGGCGGACUCGCAUCCCAUAGUAGAGCUGGACGCUCACUAUCUGUCUGCAGCAUAUACCUUACGCACGAUGUGGUGUAUAAUCUACCAUUCCGUCCGAAGUACACGCGGCUUGGAUUUGUUCUCGUUCGCUCUAAUCUAUGCGCUUUCAAUUUCGACUAUCUAUUCUUCGACGUAUGGAAUGGACAUAGGAUCCAACCCUUGGCUGUGCUAUUGCGUUUGUAUACUGUGUUUACGAAGAGCUUUUUCUAAUCACUGACAGUCGUUACAAGUCUUCCGAAUUUCCUUUGGAUACCACCUCAGAAUAACGAAGUUGAUGAUGAUGUACGGCUUU